CCUGACCUGACCUGACCGGACCGGACUGCAUCGCAUUGCAUUGAUUUUCCUUCCCUCCCUCCAACCCCUCUCCCCGGUACGCCCUCGUGCUGCUGCGAUAUUCUCUUCUUUUUCGUCCCUCCCAACUCCCACCUAGAUACCCCCGUCUCCCCGUGUUCUUUGCCCGCAUCUACAUGAGCAUGCUCCGCGGCCAGACCCUCCCCUGGAGAGCCGCGCUCCACCAAACACCGCGUCCUUUCAUCCCUCGGCCUCUCAUUGCUCCGUCUAGAUACAAUGUCAGUGCCAGAUCGAUACUAAACGCCUCGCGAUUCCGCCGUCCUCUCCCGUCGUCUCCCCGUACCUUCUCUUCGAGCUCUAUCCGGCGGAGAGAAAGGCCCCCACCCAGUGACGAAAAGGACGACCCGGCUCAGAAAGAGCAGAAGGAUCAGGACGAGGACAAGGAUGCUGAAAAAGCUCCAGAUGCCCGGCGUCGGCCAGCUGAUUCCCCUACCAAGCAGGGGUCGUCACAGGAACCCGGAGCUCCGACAUCGGGCAGCGCGCGGCGGAAGGAGAAGACGGGCGGGGACAAGGAGCAACGUGGCCUGGAGGAAGACGCAAAGAAGGACGGUAAUGCCCUAGAAGGGAAGGGGAACUCAUCGGAUAUUCCGUCUCCCAUACCUGUCAGUGGCGGUUCGGACUCCAAGCCCAGCGGUGCGAACAACGGUGGUGGCAACGAGGAUGGUGGAAAGAAGGGUAAGAAGGGCACCGGCGAGAAGGCCCUCCAGAAGCCAUCAGUCCCGGAAGUUUACCCUCAGGUGAUGGCCAUCCCAAUUGCCAAGCGACCGUUGUUCCCGGGCUUCUACAAAGCCAUCACCAUUCGAGACCCGAACGUGGCCACCGCCAUUCAGGACAUGAUGAAGCGGGGGCAACCCUACGUGGGUGCUUUCCUGUUCAAGGAUGAGAACGCCGAUGGCGACGUGAUCGAAAACCUGGAUGAUGUCUAUGAUGUGGGAGUCUUCGCCCAGAUCACUGCCGCCUACCCUCUUCGUGGCGAAGCGAGUGGUGUGACGGCGGUUCUUUAUCCCCAUCGUCGAAUCAAGGUCUCGUCGUUGCUUCCGCCUAAUGAUCCUUCAAAAGCCGCUGCCCCAGCGGAGGAAAAGCCCACGGAGCGUCGCGGAGAUGUUGUGGCUAGUUUUGAGGAGGGCGCUGCGGAGCCUGCUCCUAAGGACCACUAUGAGCCCACUUCAUUCUUGCGAAAGUACCCCGUCAGCUUGGUCAACGUGGAAAAUCUGGUAGAGGAGCCUUUUGAUAAGAAGAGUCCCAUCAUCCGCGCGGUGACGAGUGAGAUUGUCAACGUGUGCAAGGAGAUUGCUAGCCUCAACCCGUUGUUUCGCGACCAAAUCUCUGCAUUCUAUACUGAUCAGUUCCCUGGCAAUCUGAGCGACGAGCCUGCCAAGUUGGCCGACUUUGCUGCUGCUGUUUCGGCAGGCGAGCUCAAUGAAAUGCAGGAGGUCUUGGAGGUGAUGAACAUCGAAGAGCGACUUCCCAAGGCAUUGGUUGUGUUGAAGAAGGAGCUCAUGAAUGCUCAACUGCAGUCCAAGAUCUCUAAGGACGUGGAAGCUAAAAUCCAGAAGCGCCAGCGCGAGUACUGGUUGAUGGAACAGAUGAAGGGCAUCAAGAGAGAGUUGGGCAUUGAGUCCGACGGCAAAGACAAGUUAGUGGAAAAGUUCAAGGGGAAGGCAGAGAAACUUGCCAUGCCAGAUGCCGUUAAGAAGGUGUUCGACGAGGAACUCAACAAGUUGGCACAUCUGGAGCCAGCUGCUUCUGAGUUCAAUGUCACUCGCAACUAUUUGGAUUGGCUGACUCAGAUUCCUUGGGGACAAAAGAGUGUGGAGAACUUUGGUAUUAAGCACGCGAUGACCGUCCUGGACGAAGACCACUAUGGUCUGAAGGAUGUUAAGGACCGCAUCUUGGAGUUCAUCGCCGUGGGUAAGCUUCGUGGAACCGUGGAAGGUAAAAUCAUCUGCCUGGUCGGACCUCCUGGUGUUGGAAAGACUAGUAUUGGAAAGUCGAUCGCACGCGCCCUGAACCGACAGUACUACCGAUUUUCUGUUGGAGGUCUUACGGAUGUCGCUGAGAUCAAGGGACACCGUAGAACAUACGUGGGCGCUCUUCCUGGGCGCAUUAUCCAGGCGCUCAAGAAGUGCCAGACGGAGAACCCUCUCAUUCUGAUCGACGAAGUCGACAAGAUUGGUCGUGGUCACCAAGGCGACCCGUCCUCUGCGCUCCUUGAGCUGCUUGACCCUGAACAGAACUCGUCAUUCUUGGACAACUACAUGGAUGUUCCGGUGGAUUUGUCUAAGGUUCUCUUCGUUUGCACGGCAAACGUCACCGAUACCAUCCCUCGGCCGCUAUUGGACCGCAUGGAGCUCAUCGAACUCUCGGGUUAUGUCGCGGACGAGAAAAUGGCCAUCGCUCAGCGGUACCUUGCGCCUGCUGCCCGGGAGCUGACUGGUCUCAAGGAAGUUGACGUUAACCUGACGGAGGACGCUGUUGAGGAGCUCAUCAAGUCGUAUUGCCGUGAGAGUGGUGUUCGCAACCUGAAGAAGCAGAUCGAGAAGGUCUACCGGAAGGCAGCGUUCAAGAUCGUCCGCGAUCUUGGAGAGGAUGUUCUCGCGGAAGAGAAGGCUCUGACGGAUGAAGGCAAGGCCGCCCAGGAGGAGUCGCAGAAAGAGACCGAGUCAACUGAAGCGGUUAACCCUGCUGAUCCGGAGAAGUCCACAACGGAAAUUCCUCGCGUUGCGUUGACGGUCCCCGACACAGUGCAGCUCAAAAUCGGCAAAGACAGCCUUACUGACUAUGUUGGACCUCCCAUCUUCACCGCUGAUCGUCUGUAUGAUGUUUUCCCACCGGGCGUGACCAUGGGUCUUGCUUGGACCAGCAUGGGAGGUGCUGCUCUUUACGUCGAGUCGAUCCUGGAGAAUGCUCUGUCGGCGGAAUCCCGACCGGGCAUCGACAUCACCGGUAACCUGCAAAACGUAAUGAAGGAAUCUAGCCACAUCGCAUACUCUUUCUCCAAGUCGGUCAUGGCUAAGCAGUUCCCCGAAAACCGCUUCUUCGAGAAAGCCAAGCUGCACAUGCAUUGCCCCGAGGGCGCAGUCCCGAAGGACGGGCCGUCUGCAGGUAUCACCAUGGCCACGUCUCUGCUGUCACUGGCCUUGAACCAUCCUCUGGACGCAACUAUCGCCAUGACCGGAGAACUGACCGUGACCGGCAAGGUUUUGCGCAUUGGAGGUUUGCGGGAAAAGACGGUGGCCGCGCGCCGCGCUGGUGCCAAGAAGAUCAUUUUCCCUGCGGACAACAUGUCUGACUGGCUGGAGCUGCCUGAGAACAUCAAGGACGGUAUCGAGGGCCAUGCCGUAAGUUGGUACUCGCAGGUGUUCGACAUCCUCUUCGCCGAUCUGGACCAGGCGGCUGCCAAGAACAUCUGGCAGAAGGAGCUUGCGGAGAAGCCCAAGAAGAAGUCCACUGAAGCGGAGGAAGAUGCGUGAAGCACACCACCGAUCCUCAUGCCUUGAUGACAUCCUAUACUCUAGCUCCAGCCGGGGAUUUUGUUUUCUUUUCUAGUCGCGUG